CCUGUGGUUUGAUUGAACCUGAACCUGUCAACACUACUGAGGAAACAGACAUUGAUGCUGUGGACAUCAGACCGGGGAGUGAUCACUUGGAGUUUACCAGGGGGGUGACAGACCUUGACGCUGUUGGUAAAGAGACGCCUGGUCUUCUUUGCAUCAAGGACUUGGUUCACAAAGACAAUAUCCUCAUGGCUUCUCCUAAGAUGCUUCUCUCUCCUUCUACCCAAUUGCCUGUGCCAGAGGUUCCUCUCUCCGCUCAUCACCAAAUGCAGUUUCUGCAACAGCUUCUGCAGCAGCAGCAACAACAAACUCAGUUCACUGUGGCUCAGGUACAUCUGUUGAAAGACCAAUUAGCUACAGAGGCAGCUGCCCGCCUUGAGGCCCAGGCUCGAGUACACCAGCUCUUGCUUCAGAAUAAGGACCUUCUCCAGCAUAUAUCACUUCUGGUAAAGCAAGUGCAGGAACUGGAGUCAAAACUGCUCGGAUUCAAUACCAUGGACUCUCAAGACAACUUGUUGGAAAUCACCUACCCAUCAGGUGCCCUGCCUGUUCUGUGUGAUCCCACUACCCCUAUGCCUGAGGACACCCACCUUCUUCAGCCUGACAACAGCUUCUCCAAUGUUUCCAGUUCUCUGGGCAGCCCUUUAGGUAGGAGUGACUAUUUGGUGAAGCUGGAAUGCUUCCAUUUCCUUCCUAGUAUGGACCCUCCUUUGGGCAGCCUGGAGUUCAUCAAAUUUCAUGAGUCUGGUAUUGCCUCUGAGUAUGAAUCCAACAUGGAUGAGAGCGAGGAGUGGGACUCAUGGGCCCAAAAGGAGCCACGUCACCUGUUUAAUGUCCUGGACAAUCAGGGGCUGGGAGAUAGCCUGGAAGAUGAGAUUGCCCUUUGAAAGGAAAAGGAAGUGUCAUAGGUCUGAUGAUAUCUAAAAUGAUGUUUACAUUUCCUUUUAGAAGGUCUCAACAAGCAUGUCUAUUUCUGUUCUCUCCUCUGAGUACAGAUUCUUCUUGUGAAAGAGUGAAUUUUUGGAGGAAUUAUGGUUCCUGGUCCAUACUGUUAGGCCGCUUGAAAAACUCUUUUUCUACUGACAGAACAAGUAUUACCUCAGAUGUCCCACAUCUCUGAUCUUCUAUCACUUUAGAGCAUUGGAAUCUCAAAAAUUUAGCUUUCUUUUAGAAAAGCAAGUUUGAGAGUGAAAGGCUAGUAUUGAAAGUACAUGAAUAAAAACCCAAAGCCAGCAAUGGGAGUGGAGAAGAUACUAGAGGCCUGGAGGCAUGUCUUUAGUGUACAAUAUUUCCCUUUGCCUCUCCCUAUAAAUGUGGGAAAUAGAAUGAAUUAUGCAAGUCGAAUAAUGUAUUUCAUUCGCCUGGUUUUCAAAAUGCCAUUAGGAAAGAGAACACGUUGUAUACAAUGUGUUUGACUUUGGUACAGAAUUGCCUUGUUUGUAUUGUGCUGCCUUCUGUGGGUAGAAUAUGUAGCGUCCUGUUCUUAGCCAAAACUUUUCAACUUUCUGCCUUUCCUGUUUAAGCCUCCCUAUUUAAUCUUCAGACAGGACUGGUAACCGCCUCAUGCCUAUAAAAUUUGAAGAAAAUGGUUCCGCUUCGAUCAAAUUACAUGUGGAUAAAUUGUUCAACCUGACAUCCAUACCCUUUUUGGAAUUUGAA